CUGUCACCGACUGGCCUUCAUCAGCCCAAUUGGCCCCUGACUGGUUUAAAACAAUGUUUUGUACAUGUUCAGGAUGAGGUCUCAAGCUACAGUUUGUGGCCAGCUAUUGCGACAAAUAGAUUUGAAGAACCAUCUAUUUGGUCAAGGUCUUAUUAGUACGAGAACAAUAUCAGGAAGCCUGUCAGGCUCAAAAGGACAAAAGAAGCAGAAUGCUCGUCUGGAGGCACUGCGGGCGCAGGAAGUGGCCCCUCUUAGCGACUUCCUCACAGAUAGUUUCGGCCGAUUUCAUGACUACCUACGAAUCUCUCUGACGGAGCGCUGCAACCUGAGAUGCACCUACUGUAUGCCGGAGGACGGCGUGCCUCUGACGGAGCGCUCGCACCUGCUGACUACGGACGAGGUGAUCCGACUGGCCGGUCUAUUUUCGGCCGCCGGUGUCACCAAGGUGCGGCUGACCGGCGGCGAGCCGCUGGUGCGCGCCGACCUCGCAGACAUCAUCGCGGGCCUGAAGACGGUGGCCGGUAUCCGGUCGGUGGCCAUCACCACCAACGGCGUGGUGCUGGCGCGCCGGCUGGCCGCCCUGCAGGCCGCCGGCCUGGAUGCGCUUAACAUCAGCCUGGACACCCUGGUGCCGGCCAAGUUUGAGCUCAUCAGCCGCCGGCGCGGGUUCCACCGCGUCUGGCAGGGCAUUCAGACGGCCCUGGCCGCCGGGUACGACCCGGUCAAGCUCAACUGCGUCGUGAUGCGUGGUGUCAACGACGAAGAGCUGGAGGAUUUCGCGACCCUGGCCGAAACGUACCGACUGGACGUGCGCUUCAUCGAGUACAUGCCGUUCGACGGCAACCGCUGGAACGACCGCAAGAUGGUGCCGUACGGAGAGAUGGUGGAGCGGCUGCGGCGGCGCUGGCCGGACCUGGAGCGGAUCGCCGACCGGCCCAACGACACGUCCAAGGCGUACCGCGCGCCCGGCUGGGUGGGCCAGGUGGGGUUCAUCACCUCCAUGUCGGAGCAUUUCUGCGGCACCUGUAACCGGCUGAGACUCACGGCCGACGGAAACCUCAAGGUGUGCCUGUUCGGCAACUCUGAGGUGUCGCUCAGGGACGCGCUGCGCCAGGGCAGCUCGGACGAGGAGCUGAUGACUAUCGUCGGCGCCGCCGUCGGACGGAAAAAGAAACAGCACGCAGGGAUGCUGGACCUGGCGGCCAUGAAGAACCGGCCGAUGAUCCUCAUUGGCGCGGGCCGCCGGGGCCGGCCGCUGCUCCGCCCGCCCGCCGCCGCCGCCCGCCGUGCCGUCGCCGUCCGACAGUACAGCGAUGACGCCUCGGACCGGCCGGCGGGAACGGCAGCCGGGGAGCAGCGGCGCCGCUCGGGAGAGACGCUGCACAGUGACUACUGGGACCAGUACCGCGCCUACUACGGGGGCAGGGGCGGCGGCCCGCCCGAGCCCGCCGCCCCCGCCCCCGCCCGACCGGCGGAGCAGCCCAAGCCCACCACUGACCGCCCGCCCGCCCCCGCCCCCGCUCCGUCCGCCGGCCGGCUGACCCACACCGACUCGGCCGGCCGCGCCACCAUGGUUGACGUCUCGGAGAAGCCCGUGAGUCGGCGCCGCGCCGCUGCCUCCGGCGUCGUUCUGCUCGGCCCCGAGGCGUUCGCCCUGGUGAAGGCCAACGCGGUGGCCAAGGGUGACGUGUUGUCCGUGGCGCAGCUGGCGGGUGUGAUGGCCGCUAAGCGGACCGCUGAGCUGGUGCCGCUGUGCCACCCGCUGCCGCUGGGCGCCGUCCACGUUCGACUCGCGCUGUGCCCCGAGCGGCACGCCGUCGAGGUGCGCGCGGAAGUCAUCUGCACGGGCCAGACGGGCGCAGAGAUGGAGGCGUUGACGGCCGUCGCCGGCGCCGCGCUCACCGUCUACGAUAUGUGCAAGGCCGUCAGCAAGGCUAUCCAGAUCACGGACGUGCGGCUGGAGCACAAGUCGGGUGGCAAGAGCGGUGAGUAUCGGCGCGACGACGCGUGAGCGGCUGGCUCGGGCGGACUGCGGAGGCGGAGGGGUGGGAGCAGGAGGGAGAGGGUGGAUUGUGUGGCUGGUCUGGGGUGGUGUGUGUGGUACGUAGACUGUCUGAUCACGUCAGUUUGAUGCAUCGAUAUUUUGAUAAGUUGAGAUUGUGUGAUCCGUUGACGAUAUUCUGUCGAGUGAGCGGUAUGAGGUACACGGGCGUUCCUCUCCUGCGGGUACUUGUGCCACGGUAGUGUUGGUUGGGACCAGGACGUAGUUAGCUAGUCGGAAUUAGUCCAAGUGGUAAGGUGAAGGUAAUUAGGUUCGGGGACGAGCUAGUCGUCAAUUAGAACAUGGUGCUUUGUUCUAAGCAACUUGAUAGAAAAGUAUUCAUAAGCGAAGAAUCGUAACGUUGUCUAGUCUAGUCUAUUAGACCACAAAAGUAUUACUGUUAAGUAUUAAAACAGUAGCUCUAAAACAUAUGUGUAUUGUCAUAAUUGCAGUUGUGCAAUCUGCGCAUAAAUCUAUGUUCGUCCAGCGGAGAACGUAGGACGGUACAGUACAUUUUUGUCCACUAGAAGUAUGACUAUUUUUAGAUGGAGGCAUACUGAUGCCUUUGUAUACCUGGCGUGCUGAGGAAUCAGGUAUAUCGACACCUUUUUUUAAACCCCACAUCUGUUCUCCGGUGAAUUUCCGGGAAGCACGAAAGAUCUCUUUUUAGAAGUGUCCAAUCGUCCGAUCCUGAUCAAAUUUGUGUGUUCGUAAGCUUGCUCUGGCAUUGCUUGAUCUGCCAAGACAGACAAACUUGAGAAAAUCGAGUGACUGUACCUUUUUUUGAAGGUUUCUAAACAACUUGUCCGAACUUCAUGGGAGAACAAAUGUGGGGUUAAAAAAAAGGUGUCGAUAUAUGGUGGAGGUUAGCAGCAGUGAUUCAUUUUUGUCCUUGUUGACUUCUGUCACGAUACACGUCAGGGUCAAUCACUUUCGACGGCGAAUUUUGACGUCGGGUUUUAUUGGUCAGUGCUGUUCUUGCGACGUUUUGAAUGAGCGUCGUUCCGGCCUUUGGAUGCAUAUUAUGCAUGUAAAUGAUGAUAUUUUCUUACGAUUACAUAUCGAGCAUCCUACAACAAUCGAUUUGUUUCAGCGGGGAUGAAAUGUGUGUUUGAAGUAAGGUUUUUACCCCAUCUAUUUGUGCGGGUUAUCCUGUGAUGAGCAAUAAUUGUGAUGGAUGAAGUUAUCCAUUGUUUAUAGCAUUGCUGAUAAUUGUGAUGAAGAAGGGUGCAGUUUGAGGUACUAAUAUACGGUAAACAAUGGGCA